CAGCUCUUGAAAUUUGCCCAUCGCUAGAUCAACGUGCUCUCUUUUCUUUGUUUUUAUCAAUGUUCAAUAAUAUCGAAUUGACAGCAAAUAAAAAGGAAUACAACAACACACCUGAUGGAAGAUCUUGAUGAGCUCGACAGCGAGCGCCUGAACGAGCUAGAGUCUAUUUUGUAUGCUUCGGUCCACUACAGCGAUGGAUUGGAUGUUGUGGAGCCCCCAGCCAGCGACCAGGAUGGAAGGAGCAUGCCACCGCCCCUGCAGCAGCAGAAGGAUUCGCCCUUUCAGCAACCCUUGCGAGUAGUCAGUGGAACCCGUGUAAUCAACAACGCUAAACCGAAACCCCGAUACUGGGCGGGAGAAACAGUGGCCGGGGGGCAGGUCGAGGAGGCAGCAGCCCCAAACAAAACAAACUCAGAUACUGAGGUUAAUGCCACCUCAUCCCAGCAGGGGAUUGAAAAGCCGAAACGUCCACCGAUUACUCCAAACAAGGGUGCUCCCAAUCCCAAUCCAAAUAAGACGGGAAACCAACAGCCAAAACAAAAGUCCAAAAAGCAGCAGCAGAAUCAUCAACAGAAACAGCAACAGAAACAGCAAAACAAUCAAAAGUCCAAGCAACAACAGAACCAGAAGAAGAAACAGCAGCAGAACCAACCGAAGGAGAAAGUUCCGGCCAACGCAUCGCCAGCAGUACAAAAGCCAAAAACACAGGCAUCCUCCACCACCACCACCAUCAGCACACCCGUGAAGACCAACCACGAGGCCUAUGAGGAGGAGCGCUUCGAUCAGCGACUCCUCGUGGCCAUCCCACCAAACUGCCCGCCCAAAAAGCAAAACAAACAGCAGCAGGAGCCACAAAAGAAGCAGCAGGAGCCGCCGCAGAAUAAAAAGCAGCAGCAGCAGUCGAAUAAACAACAACAGAACAAGCAGCAACAAAACAAACAGCAGACAGAGUCAGGACCUCAAGGCAAGGCCAAUCGGAAGUUGGAGCUUCUGAAGAAGCUGGCGGCCAAGAAACAGAAGUCCAAGCAGGCUCAGUUUAAUAAAAAACAGCGGAGUCAGAACCCGAAGCCAGUGGAGUUUGUGGAUCUGGCGGAAAGCAGCCAUGAAGGCUCCGAUGAUGACGACGUCGUCCAUGUACCACUCUCCCCACCUCCUAUAAUCGACUUAGACCCCAGCGACGAGGAGCUGCCAAGUGGCUCUCCUCUGGUAUAUCACGAAGAGGACGCCAUGGACGCCACACACUUGAAUGUGGUGUCUUCUGGGGAAACGCAAUCUGUCCAGCCAGACGCAAGAUCUGGAGAAGGUGUUCCCCCCUCAUUAAUUUCUCCUUCCAAUUCGGUGCUGUCCAGUGACGAUUUUAUUGUCCAGAAGGACAUUACUCGGUUGCAGGCAGAUAAGGAGAAGUCCAGCGACAAGGAUCUUUUGGUUUUGACAGAAAAUGCCAUCAGGGAGUCCCUGGAUCGGCAGGAAAAUGAGCCAGAACAGGGUCCCAGUCAGGUGGAUGCUCCACAGACCGCCGAUCCCGAUCCAGCUGCUGAUCCAGACACUUGCUCGGAGUACGAAUUUGUGCCGCCAUCGCGCCUGGAGGAGAUUAAGAAGAAUUAUCGGGUAGAUGAGCAACAGUUUCGCGCCUUGGAUGUGUACGAAAGCGAGUCGGAUCUUACGGAGAGUGGAGUGUAUUCCAAAGCGAAAUCGAAAACCGUUCCAACCAUUAUACGCAACGUUGACUCUCCAUCCGGCAACUCCUCCGUGGAGGAGGUAGUGGAGGCCGUGGUCCAGAAAACAAAGCGCCUGCGCAAGCGAUCCAUGUCGACCAACAAUCACAGUCAGUCUGAGGGCAAUAACGACGAGGAUGAUUCCGACAGCGACGACGGUGUCCACUCCACUGGGGUUCCGGGGAUAGCUCGGGGCAUGGCCGUAGAGCGAUGCAAGCGCAAGAUUCCGUCAAGCAGUCAGAAGAGUGGAGCACGCAUCCAAAAGCCAAAGCCAUUGGUGAACAAAGAAGCCAGCUCCGCCGAAUCGGCUUCUGAGGACGAGGUGCCCAGUGCCCGGGAGAUAGCUGAGAGGUUGCUCAAGCAGGAGGAGGGCCAGACCAACAGGCCGGCUAACCCACAACCCUCAACGGACGAGGUAUUGGAUUCCAUUUCCAUUGGCUCCGAUGCUGAUGAGGAAGGGGAAGCGGAGUUCAAUGACGCCAUGACAGACCGAAUAACUGCUGUCUUCGAGCGCAUCGAUGCCCAGAGCAGGAAAUCCCAGGACUUAGAUGACGAAGAGGCCAGUGGCUACAUCUCCUCCAACGAAGAUGACUCGAGGGAUGUUCCUGCCGACACAACGGUUUCCCUGGCAGAGGAUGUUGAAAUGGAGGCUGCCCUGGAGUUGCAAGGUGCGGAUCCAGAGCCGGGCAAUGAGGACGUGUCGAUGGAAGAAUCUGACAUUCAGAUAGACCAUAAUCUUCCGGCUCUUACUGACGACAGCCCUCCCAGUGGCGGCGACUUGAUUGGAUGGAACGAUGAAAUGUGUCGCUUCUACAACGACAGUUGGCGUGGCGAACAUUUCUCGGUGACGAACAGCCAAAGGGCCAUGUCUGCCAAUCGCAAUGAGUGGAGACUCAGGAAUGCCGACCGGUUCCCAGUGUCGCGUCCUCGUUCGCAUGCCAAGUGCACCAACUGCCUGGAGAUGGGCCAUGUCCGCUCCAAGUGCCCCCGUCCCAGGAAGCCGCCAGUUUGUUUCAUGUGCGGCGAAAUGGGUCAUGCCGAGCCGCGUUGUCCCAACGCCUUGUGCUUUGGGUGCGGCUCGAAGCAGGAGAUGUAUGUGCAGCAGUGCAACAAGUGCACCUUCCACAGCCGCCUUGUUUGCCAGCUGUGCCGGUUGCGAGGCCACGGCAUGGACCACUGCCCAGAUAAGUGGCGUCGCUAUCACUCAACGACACAAUCGAAUGUGGAACUCAACAGCAACGUGCACUACAAGAGCAAGCAGUGCAGCUAUUGCGCCGGACGCGGUCAUCUCUUCGAGAACUGUCGCCAGAGGAUCGGCGAGUAUCGCAAUACCAACUUGAUGAGCCAGAUUGUCACGCACCAGAAGGUCUAUCCGGAUCGUAAUGAUCCGACUGGUGACUUGGGCAAUCUGAAUGACUUCUUUGACAUCGAGACUCCCUUCCACUUUCAAUGGAGCAAGCAGAGUAUUCCCAAGGCCAGCUACUACGCUAAGUUCCUGGUUCAUGCGAAUUUGGCGCGCAUGCAGUCCGUGAAGAGGAAGCCAACUACGGUUUUGGAGGAGCUUCCAGCCAAGGUCUUCACCCGCGAGUAUGUGCCGAAUCCUUUGGCCAAGGCAGCCAGCGGUAAUGCCAACAAGAGCGCUGCCCCGCCAAAGGAACAGACACCUGAGACGCCGGCCGUUGAGGAGCAAACGGUUGAGGCGCAACCGCCUGAAGAAACGAGUGAUCCCAUCCAGCGUGAGGAGAUUAGCACAAACUUCGAGACCCAACAGAAUGACACAACCAAAGCCAAGACAGUGGUUCCUCCCCACGAUAUCGAUUCGGAUUCGAACUAUAGCUUUUCAGAGCAUUUCGAAGUGCCCAGCUCGACCACGACCGAGAAUAGGAAGACCUCAGUGCCACAGCGCAGCCAACUACCUCCUGAUCAUCCCAUGGCCUCGUUGCCGGAUGUUAUACCUCUAAGCAGCGUUGAUGAUGACUUCGAAGAGCCGUCCACCAGCUACCAGGGCAUAUCCAUGUGUGUGAAUGCGAAUCCCAGCAACAGUGGCAGAAAGAGCGAGGCGGCAGAACCGAAAUCUGGUGAGGAGCCCCUACCGGAUGUACCCUGUGAAGGUAAAAUCCUGAUGGCUCGAGAUCAAUCGGAGUAUCUGUUCAGUCCGGAAGGCAGAGAGUUCCUUUCUACAACUGCUAAACAGUGCCAGGUUAGCGUGCGGAUGGACUUGAAGGACUACGGCUAUGUCCUGGUGAUAUAUGGGCUGAAGGAAAAGCAGGAGGAACUGCAGUUAAAGCUCCUGCGCCGCAAUCAGGAAGUGAAACGCAAAACCAUCGAGUUCCAGAGCCAGAAACCACCGAAACGAAUCGAUGUCUUGAUUCGGUUUAUGCGGGAUGGCAUCAACAGCCUGACCAGCAACUUGGGCAACGCCUCCAACCACUACCUGCGCAUCAAGGAGCUGGAGGACAUGAACACCAAGAACGGCUUCAAAAUGGCCGAGAAGAAGCGGCGUCAGCUUAACAUGAUCCUUGUGGGCCAGGCCGGCCUGCUGAACGGCACCACCCAUCUCGACCAACUGCUGGUGUUGUUGCGGAAGUUGAUGGACUUGUCACCGGAUGACAAUGCCACUCCGGAGCUGCGAAACGAAAUCGACGAGCACUGGCGCAUGAUCUUCACCUCGUAUCCCCAUCCGAACUACGACUCCUUGCUGCAGAGCUACGGGAAGUUGGAUCAAAAGAACCGUGUUCCUUCGCUGCACAUCGAUCCGGUGCUGCUGGGACUGCAACCGAACAAGAAGUCGGUUCAGAGUGCUCCUUCAUCGCCCGGAAAGCGACCGUCAUCCCCCAUCCCGCCUGCGCCUGCCUGGACGCAUAUGGCGCCGCCGCCUCCACCGAAAAUCCCCAAAAAGAAGCAGCGACAGGUGGUGCAACAACAGCAACAGGAGCAGCAACAACGAUUGCAGCAACAGCAACAGCAGCAGCAACAACGAUUGCAACAGCAGCAACAACAGCAGCAACGCAUGCAACAGCAGCAGCAGCAACAGCAACAACAACAAAACAACCAACAGAUGCAAUUCCGGCGACCACAAAACAAACAAAUGCCGUUCAACAAUCCCCAACAGAGAUCCCGAGCCGACUUGCAUCUCCAUCAGAACCUGAAUCCCGAGUGCGAUCGCCUUUUCAAAGAGAUGGAUCAGCAUGGCAACGUCGACAAGGAUGCGGACAAGCCGUCCAUGUUCUGGUCGCGCGAGUCGCUCAAGUACCUAGACGAUCUGUUCAAGAGAACCUCCAGCCCGGACACCACAGAGAGGCUCAAUCGUGUGCUCCAGCGAUCGGAGCGUGGUCAGUUGUCGUUUAACGACUACCGUGCAGUGAUCCGACUGCACACGAUUCUAUCCAAAUGAGGAGAUGGAUCUAGGCCAGAUGGGUCUUGAUCUUGGCUAGAGGACUUAGGUUCGCACAGGGACAUUCGCCAGCACUUUGUUUAACAAAUACCAACAUAACAGAUAUUGGGUAUCUGAAAGAUAUUACCCAGUAACCGAAUAAAUACAUAUUCUAUUGACUAUUUUCGAAAAA